AUGUCCGGCCAAGGCAAGUCCUUCUGGUCCAUGCCGUCUCUGGACGACUUCUCGGACUUCACUUGCCCGUCCUCGGAACGCCCGAGGGCCAAGCAGGACAAGGCCCCCAAGAAGCGGGAUGCUGGCGACAGGGAGCAGAAGCCACACCUAGAGAGCAAGUCCUCUGGCGUUUCCAUGCCGAGGAAGCAAUUCUUCGGAUGUCGCGCUGCUCCUUCCGCGCCUCCUUCAGGCCCGAAGGUGCGAAGGCGAUGCCCCUCGUACGAACCGGACCCUCAACUAGCGCUCAAGCGCCAGCGCGACCUCCUCUCCGACAGUGAGGAUUCCGACUCCGGCGAUUGCCCCCGCAAGAAGGGCACGAAGGUCCCGAAGGGCCUUGCUCUCCCGAAACCGAAGAGCGCUGACCCACCUAAGGGCGCCUGCGGUGCGUCCAAAGCAUCGUUCGAGGACCUGUUGAAGGGCAAACUCCCGGCGGAGUCCCACGGCGGGCAGCAGGACGGGGACAGAACCGCACGGGAUGCAGCGCCGGCGGGACAGAAGAAGGAAAGGAAGGCGCGCAGGGAGCAGAAGCCAUUAGGUAGCAAAUCCUCUGGCGUUUCCAUGCCAAGGACGUCCCUCGGUUCAAGCCAGGCCUCCCCUCCAGGUCCAUGCCGUCUCUGGACGACUUUUGGACAUCAUGGGCGUGUCCGAACCGAAGAGGGAGGAGGAGAGCCCGCCCCUCCCUCCUCAACACUAGGAAUGUCCGGCCAAGGCAAGUCCUUCUGGUCCAUGCCGUCUCUGGACGACUUUUCGGACUUCACUUGCCCGUCCUCGGAGCGCCCGAGGGCCAAGCAGGACAAGGCCCCAAGAAGCGGGAUGCUGGUGAGCAGGGUAGAGAGCAAGUCCUCUGGCGGUUCCAAGCCAAGGAAGCAAUUCUUCGGAUGUCGCGCUGCUCCUUCCGCGCCUCCUUCAGGCCCGAAGGUGCGAAGGCGAUGCCCCUCGUACGAACCGGACCCUCAACUAGCGCUCAAGCGCCAGCGCGACCUCCUCUCCGACAGUGAGGAUUCCGACUCCGGCGAUUGCCCCCGCAAGAAGGGCACGAAGGUCCCGAAGGGCCUCGCUCUCCCCAAACCGAAGAGCGCUGACCCACCUAAGGGCGCCUGCGGUGCGUCCAAAGCAUCGGUCGAGGACCUGUUGAAGGGCAAACUCCCGGCGGAGUCCCACGGCGGGCAGCAGGACGGGGACAGAACCGCACGGGAAAGGAGCGCCAAGAAGCGGGAUGCGAGCGGCCGGGGACAGAAAGAGGGAAGGAAGGCGCAGGGAGCAGAAGCCAUUAGGUAG